CAGAGCGCCUCCCGCAGGUCGGUCGAGGCCGCGUACACCGGAACCCCCCCCCUUGUCCCCUCGUGAGCGGAAGCGGAAGAAUCAGCUCUUUCCGCUGUUGCCGUCCUUUCCAAAGAUUGCUGCUCCCCCUUGUGUGUGACAGCUGCGGGAGCCGGGACUGUACGCUCUAGCCGCCCCCCCCUCACAGGGACUGGAGGCCCGCCGGCACACCUCCUGCGUUUCCUGCUCCGUGACCCCCCACUAUCACGUGAGACAUGUUUUGGAAGUUUGACCUGCAUACAAGUUCACAUGUGGACACCCUUCUAGAAAGAGAAAAUGUUACCCUUUAUGAACUGCUUGAUGAAGAGGAUGUGCUGCAGGAGUGCAAAGUGGUCAAUCGCAAGCUUGUGCAAUUCCUUGUCCAGCCUCAGCACAUGGAGGACCUGGUGACCUGCAUUACACAGGAGCCAACCAGCGACAUGGAUGAAAAACUGCGAUAUAAGUAUGCCAGUGUGUCAUGUGAGAUACUGACAGCAGACGUAUCACAGGUUAAUGAUGCAUUAGGGGAAGACGAGUCUUUACUGAAGCAGUUGUAUGGCUUUCUGCAGAAUGACGAAGACUUGAAUCCUUUGCUAGCCAGCUUCUUCAGCAAAGUAAUGGGAAUACUUAUUAACCGCAAGACUGAACAGAUUGUUGCCUUUCUUCGAAAGAAAGAUGACUUUGUGAAUUUACUGCUUCGGCAUAUUGGUACAUCUGCAAUCAUGGAUCUGCUAUUACGGCUUUUGACAUGUGUCGAGCAACCUCAGCUGAGGCAGGAUGUCUUCAAUUGGCUUAAUGAAGAAAAAAUUGUUCAAAGAUUAAUUGAAAUGAUCCAUCCUUCAAAAGAUGAUAAUCAACAUUCCAACGCUUCUCAGUCACUGUGCGAUAUCAUUCGCCUGAGCCGUGAACAGAUGAUCCAAAUACAGGAUAGUCCUGAACCAGACCAGUUGUUGGCUACUCUGGAAAAGCAAGAGGCCAUUGAGCAACUUCUUGGCAACAUGUUUGAUGGCGAGCAUAAUGAGUCUGUGAUUGUGAAUGGCAUCCAAGUGCUUUUGACAUUGCUGGAACCACGUAGACCUAGAGCUGAGCUGGGUGGAUUAACUGCCUUCUACUGUACUCUGGAAGGGCUUGAGAUGGAUGCCGCUGGUUUAGAUGGAUCCUCCAACACCCAGGCCAGUUUAGGCACACUUAUGGCUAUUAAACAGCGUUUACCAGAAUUUCAUCAACUUCUUAUUGACCCACCUAAGAAACAAAGUUUACUUACAACUUGGGGUGUUCUUGAUCCACCCUUAGGGAAUACUCGUCUUCAUGUAGUGAAAUUGCUUGCAAGCACAAUUAAUGCGAACAACAGGGAUUUAAAUCAGGAACUUAUAAAACUUGAUUCCAUCAACACCAUGCUGAAUUUGUAUUUCAAGUACAUGUACAAUAACUUCUUGCACUCACAAAUUGAGGUCUGCAUCACAACGGUUUUAAAUUCAAUCCCUAUUCAAGAAACAAAUGAAAGUGAAGUCCAAGAGAACGAACUCGUUAAAUAUCUUUUACAGAAAUGUCAGCUUGUACAGAGGGUACUUUCAGCAUGGGACGAUAAUGAAAAAGAACAGUCUGAAGGUGGACGGAGGAAAGGCUUUAUGGGGCAUCUCACCAAAAUCGCGAAUGCAUUGGUGCAGAGUUCAGAAAAAGGACCCAAUGUACUGCUUAUUGGGCAGCUGAUUAAAGAGCUUUCGGAAGAACAGCAGGAACAAUGGGAACAUUUUGUUUCUGGAUCUCUUUCGGAGACCAACAAGAAGAACACCGUCGACCUUGUAAACACAAGAAAUAUGCACUCUUCCAGUGAUGAUGAAGAUAAUGACCUAAAGGAAUUCAGCUUCCCCCAAGAAACUGUACUGCAGCAGGCAUUUGUGGACUACCAGAUGCAACAAAUGACAUCUGCUUUUAUUGAUCAUUUUGGUUUCAACGAUGAGGAGUUUGGAGAGCAAGAAGAAAGUGUCAAUGCUCAGUUUCGACAGCUGAAGAGUGCUCCGUUUGACAAAACAGCAAACAUCAAUUUUUCCCUGAAUGCAGAUGAGGAAAGUCCGAAUUCUAAUCUUUUUGAGAUCUGCUAUAAAGAACGCAUUCAACAGUUUGAUGAUGAUGAAGAUGACGGUUCAGAUGGGGAAGAUAUUUGGCAAGCAAAAGAAAUUCGGUUCUCUUCUGGCACCAUACAGAGUACUGGGACAAGGAGCUGUGGAAGCACAGAUAGUGAAGACAGUCGAGACUCUGAUGAAGAGGAAGAAGAUUCUGGUGGUGGAGAUGGUACAAAUCCUUCCAAUACUGAGUCUACACCAGAAACAUCAGGAGAUCCUACCUGGACGGCUACAUUUGAUUCCACAGCCCCAGAUGCCUCAUCAUACCCCUCUGUGACCUCUGCGGAUACUGGGUCAUCUGUAUGGGAUGGAACUGCAACAAAUAAUUGCGAAGAAGGCUGGGCAGACUUCAAUGAUCUCAGUAAACAAACGAGUUUACAUACAGCGACCACAGUAGAUGUACAGGUAGAAUCGGAAAAACCUUCAACUCAGGAAGUAAAUAGUGACAGUGAAUUUGAUAAAUCUGUUAAAGAAGAAACCAUAGAGACCUCAGUUUCCCUGAAUAAUGUGCAAGAAAGUAUAGACACCCCCCAGUGUUCUGCAGAAUUGGGUACGUUGGCAGCAUCUUCCAGUCCUGGGCCUAGUGACGAAACAACAAGCAGGGUAACUGUGAAUGGAGAAGCAGAUGAACAUGUGACACAGGGUGAAAUGGUGAUGCAAGAGAAUGACAGGGUUGAAGAAACGGCCCCAUCUACCUCGAAGAUGGAUCAUUUAGAAGACUCUAAACAACAGAGCGUGAAAUUAGAAAAUGACAGUUUAGAUACAAACUGUAAUGAAAAACAGCCAGAAAUUCGAUAAACAUUAUAUUCUUCCUCUGGCAUCAAAAACAGAUGACUGCAUAUCCAAAGAUCUGCUUUGAGUCUUCGCACAGAUAACAAAACAGGUCAAGGCCAAGCCUUUACCUUCUUACAAAAGGAAGAGAGGGGAUAGUACAACGAAUACUCUUUCAUCCCUUGUGUACACGAGCAGUAUGGAUUGUACAAGCAAAAGACAAAUGGACAACCUUUGACCCCCUUUUUGUUGCCACAGGAAUGUAUGGCUGUCAUAUGUGUGUGUAUGUGUAGAUAUACACACACAAGUACAUAUGUGUAUAUUUUCCCACAGAUGAUAUAUCAUCAGCAGUAAAUGAUUAAACUAAAAAUGAAUGAUAUUUAAAUUAUUUUAUUUUACGCAUUCAGAUGUCCAAAAUGUAACCUGGCUUAAGCACAAGAAGACAAUACCAAAUGAUUCUUAUGUCCCAUCUCUUUUUCCGGCCCCCUAAAAAUCAAGUAGAUCUCUAUGCAGAUGUGUGCAAUGCAGUAGAUUUGAUCAGAAGGUAAUAUCUCUUCUGCAUUGUGCUUUGCACACUUGUGUUAUUUCCACCUGUUGCAAUGCAUUUGUCAAACGCCUUUUGAUAAAAUGUAAACUUGACCUUUGACAGUGUCAGGACUGUUUGUACUAUAUCUAUAGGCAUCACAUUCUCUUAUCUUUGUUAGCUUUUGUAAAGUAGUUACCAAAAAAGCCUAAUGAAAAUUCUUCAAUCCCAAGCUGUUAGAUUCUCAGUACCCUUAGCAGUGCCUUAUUGUCAUCCCAUAAACAUGUGACCCAUUAAAAUGUAUUAAGAUUAACAUUA